GAAGAGAUAUAGCGGGAUAUUCAACAACGCCGUACAAGAACCUAAUCGCAAACCCUAGUUGGUCGUUCCCUCUGUAAAACCACCAACUUUCCCCCUUCCCUUCCAUUUAUCUGAGCACAGACACCAUGGCCAGAAACAAGAACAAGAGGAGAAAGCUUGCGAAGAAAUCAGAGAACAAAGCUGGAAACAAAAAUGAGCCCGAGAAAGCUCCAGCUGCCGUAAACGAGGAUGAUUCCGAUAGUGCAUCGUCGGAACCUGAACCAGAUUCCGAGAAGGUUCAGAAAUUGCUAGAACCAUACACGAAAGACCAGUUGAUCGAAUUUAUCUGCGACGCUGCAGUUAAAGAUGCUUCUCUUCUCCAACGAAUUCGCUCUAUUGCCGAUUGUGACGUUUCACAUCGCAAAAUCUUCGUUCAUGGUCUCGGCUGGGACACCACCCGUGAAACCCUCAUUUCUGCGUUCCAGCCGUUCGGUGAGAUCGAGGACUGUAACGUCGUCAUGGAUCGAGCCACUGGUAAGGCCAAGGGUUACGGCUUCGUUCUAUUUACGUCUCGGGCGGGCGCAACGAAUGCACUGAAGCAACCGCAAAAGAAGAUCAAUAAUCGCGUUACAUCAUGUCAAUUAGCUUCCGUUGGUCCCGUUACUUCGCAGCAGACUCAGGAUACAACAGGUCGGAAGAUUUAUAUCAGCAAUGUUCAUUCCGAUGCCGACCCGGAGAAGCUUCGGGCGUUCUUUGCCAAGUUUGGCGAGAUUGAGAAUGGGCCCUUGGGGUUCGACUUACUUACUGGAAAAUCAAGGGGAUUUGCUAUGUUUGUCUAUAAAACGCAAGAGGGAGCAAGGAAGGCGCUCGAGGAACCUUACAAAAUGUUUGAGGGACAUCAAUUACAUUGUCAGAGGGCAAUCGAGAACAAGAAUAAGCCUGCAGCACAGGCCGUGCAGGCCCCAGUAUUGGCUGCUGUUGCAGCUGCCCAGAACUUGGCUCUGUUCAGCCAACAUCCUUCUCUUAAUCCUUUGUAUGGCGGGUUGCUUGGAAACCCCACAGCCGGGUUGGUUGGAGGCUCUAUCAAUCCGUUGGUGGCAGGGGCUUUGAAUCCUGCUGUUGUACCAUCCGCUCAAGUGGCGGGGACUUCCUUAGGGAAUGCAGUGGGACUAGGGGGGUAUGAUGCAUCAUCACAUGGGUUGGGUAGUUUGAGUGGCAGCGCUUCGUUGCUUGGGGCGUAUGGUUCUGCGUCAGCAUUGCAGGGUCUACAAUCUUACCAAACUUCUCAACUUGGGCAGUCAUCUUCUGCGAGGACUUAUCCCACCGGCGGGACUUUGACCGGUUAUCCAUCUUACAGAUGAAAUGCAGCUGAGCUAAGAUGGACGGUUUUGUUGCAAUGUUGGGGCAUAUUAAGAAAGAGCACACAUUUUGGUUCUCUGUCUCUUGGGUAUGGAAGCUUUAUUGAUGGGAAAGAAACACCAAGACCAAGUAUUGGUUGUUUUCUUGUAACCUAUCAUUCUAUGCUUUAGCCAAGGUCAAGAAACCUGUUAACAGUUUUUUGUCCUUCUAUCUUAUGUUUUUGAUCUUUAAGUUUAUCUUUGACAGCUUGUCCACAUACUUUCUGCAAUACUUAUUUUGUACUUACAUUUUCUUUUAUCCUUUGCCCAGUUGGGGUUAAACUUUUAUGCUUUCAUUAUUUUCCUUCUUUUUAUAGACUUUUUGGUGGUGCUUAUCGUUUAAGGAUGUCUAUUUUUGUCUUUCUAA